AUGGAGAUCUCCGAAGAGCAGAAGCACGUCUUAGGAACGUUCAACCUGGACAAGGGCCCCUGUCUGGGACGAGGCGGCUCUGCUCAAGUUGUUCUGGCCUUCGACAGGAAGGACCCCUCUUCGAAAGUAGCUGUGAAGAUCAUCUCUUUCGAGAGUGGGAAGCAAGCUAUGGUGGACCAGUUUCACGACGAGGUGUCUGCCCUACGAUGCCUCAGCCACGACCGCGUCAUGUCUCUCGUGACUUAUGCUUCUACCCCUCGCCAAGGCUUCAUCGUCCUGAAGCAUUACCCUCACGGUACGGUAGACAAGUCUUUCCCCGUGGAGUCUUCUGUGGCUCUGGGAUAUGUGGCAGAUGUUGCCAGAGCCCUGGACUACAUCCACAGACUGAGGAUCUACCACCAGGAUGUAAAGCCGGCCAACAUCUUCCUCGACGACGAUGGCAGAGCAGUUCUGGGAGACUUUGGACUGGCGCGGAGACUGAAGGACGGAGAGAAGAAGGUGACCAGCUGGGUGUCUACCUGCGGCUUCUACGGGCCUGAGACUAGGACAGGACGGUGCAUGUGUCCCUUCAAGGCCACCUCAGUAGAGCUGCAGCUAGGACCCCCGGCCUGGCUUUGGAAGGAGCAGCUAAAGGAUGAGACUGCAAACAUUUUUAAUGCAGCCUCACUUCGGUGUGACGGUCUCAAGCCCGUGUAA